AUGGAUGAAAUGGACAAAUUUCUACUACAUGGACUCCGUAAGGGUGAACGGGGAACACCAAUGGCACAAAAUAUUCUAUUCGGAUGGGUACUGUUUGGCAACGCUGCCAAUUUAGAAAGCCCACCGGUGAACAUUUCAACUUUACAUUCCGACCUUCAUUUAACUCAACUCAUCCACAAGUUUUGGGAACUCGAAGAACUAGCCGCCCGCAAAUUCUUUUCACCUGAAGAAUCUAUGUGUGAGAAACUAUACGACGAUACGACCGAGCGUGCAUCGGAUGGUCGCUUCAUCGUGCGUUUACCUUUGAAGAAAAACGUAUUGAUAGCUGAGACAACAACAGAUAAACUCUACUAUAUGCCACAUCAUGCGGUGGUAAAGACCACAAGUCAAGCAACGAAACUUCGAGUAGUUUUCAACGCAUCUAUGAAGUCUACCUAUGCGAAUUCUUUAAACGAUGCCCUCAUGUUAGGCCCACAGCUAAAACAAGAUUUAUUUUCUAUUUUGGUUCGCUUACGCAUUCACCUUUUCGGAAUCAUAGCCGAUAUCGAAAAGAUGUACCGCCAAGUUUAUGUCGCUAAAGAGGACUCAGAUUAUCAACGCAUAGUUUGGCGUUCGAAUCCAGCAGAUCCAGUUCAUCAUUAUCGUCUUUUAAGGGUCACGUAUGGAGUCGCCGCAGCAUCACAUCUUGCUGUUAAGUCACUACAUCGAGCCGCACUUAAUGCGUCAAACGCAAGCAAGGAAGUCAUUGAAGUUAUAAGGUCUUCUUUUUUUUCUUAA